AUGAGAUGACAGGUGUUUCCUCCGUGUUGAGAACCAGUGACCCCUGGGAAUCGCAUUUCCCGCAGAGCAGGCACUCAUGGCGGGCUGAGUCCUACCCCAUGCCCUGGUGGCUUGGAAACCUGCACGCGCUAUGCAAAGCCCAACGUUUUCCAGAGAGGCUUUUGGGCUCAUCACUGGCCUGGGGAGGGCUAGACAUGGGGUCCCCACAGCUUGCCCCACACCACCUUUACACCCACACCCAGCACGUCCCCGUGGGGCCUGGGCAGGCUGUGGCCGCCUGCGCUACGCUGUUGCUCUGUCCCAGCUGGCUGGCUCCGGGUGUGGAACACUCUGGGCCUGUGCCGCUGGGGCGCGCACAGUGGGGUGACCGGCGGCCUGGCUGCAGAAACGUUGCACCCGUGCCUGAGGUGGGAGGACGUGAUGACGCGCCCCACGCAGCGGGAACCCAGGCCUUUAAAAAGCCCAGGAAACAGCCUCAGCACAAGCGGUGGCUCCACUGGAGGAAAGCACACCCCAGUCUCGCAUUAAAGAAGCCAAACUGUCGGCUUCAAAGAGAAAAGGCAACAUCCUGUCACAGGCCAUGCUCUGGCAAAAACAUCAGUUGGGCAAUUUCAGAUUCAAGCCUUGAUCUAAUAAGGAAAGAUACAUUCUUCUCCUCUGCUCUAUCCCUCACUGUGGUGCUGCCUUGCCAAUUCAAGAUUCAACCAGUCAGUUGUGAAUGGAGAGUGCUCUCAGUGGGUGAGACGGUUGGACAGAAAUGCAUGUUUAUCCUGCAGCCCACCUAGCCAUUAGAGCCACUCUCUUAAGUGUUGUCCACCCUGGUGCCUGGCCAUGGCAGCCCAUGGUACGUCACAAGAGAGAAAUGGCUGGGAGAAGGGUCUUCUCUCAAGGGUGCCUUGGAGGCUGUUUUACUGAAUGAAUGCCUUCUGACAUGUGCUGUCUUAAAGUUGCCCCAGAAGAGAAGAUACCAGUGACCAGGCCCUAGGUGUUUGCUUUGCUCAGAGCCAUCAGGAGGGACUGACUUACCUCCUUAGCUGAGUAGCUCCUGCACUGUGGCAUGAGUGUGGUUGGCAAGGUGUCAUUAAAUAAACAAGUGCUGACUAUUUUGCAUAUGUCCUGGGUGAUAUUUUAUUAUACUUUCAUCAAGGAACUGGAGUGCCAUGUUCAUUUAAAUCAGGACACUCCAUAUGUUCCUAGCUUGGUGCAAAGCAGAGACACAUGUCCACAUGCAGCCAGAGCAUGGCUGAGGGGACCAGUUGGCUCGAGUCUUCAUGCUCUGCACUCCCCAGCAGAACAGCAGCUGCAGGACUCUUAUUUUUGUGAUGUGGAGCAUGUCUGGGUGUGUGGCGGGGGAACUGAAAUAGUCUCUGCUGACUUUUUAUACCUACAGGUUUUGUUUCAUUGCUCAUUUUGGAAAAGGGAAGCUUUUAUUAGGGGACAAAUUAAUGGUUUCUCCGUAAAUGAUUUUUUUCUCUCUCAAACUCCAUUGGCCUGACUUCCAGUGGCAUAGAAAGGCAAUAUGGUGAACUUCUCAGCCCGAAAAAGAUUUCCAAUCAGGACCAAGGGGCUCAUGCUGAGGUGGAAAGAUUUUCCUCAGUGAUAGACUCUUGGAUACCCAUGGGAGACUUAAAAGGCUCUCAGACCACAGGAUUAAUGGUGAGAAAGCUUCAGGCUUUGAGGGUGUACUACCUGUAGCUGAAAGUUGAUCGGGGGAACUCCACUUUGGGAAAUUGGGCUUCUAUUUUCUCUGCUGAUAUCUUAUUAUUUCAAUCUCCUGGUUUAUUUUCUUUGGAUUUUUAAAUUAUUAUUUUAGAAAAUUAUUUAAAAGGUUAAAAACAUUUACCGUACAGAUUCCAGUUUAGUUGUUUUGAAGUUAAUUCAGGGAUACAGGAGCCCCAAGGUGAGGCAAUCGUGAUUUUAGACAAGCUUCUUUUCCCCUCCCAAAUUUGUAUUUGUGGGCUCAGUUCUCAUGAUGGUGACAGUAGGGAGCUCAGUGUUUACUGUGGAAUUAAAAAUGUUUAUUUUUGCUGCUCAUAGGUUGGUGUGAAAGGUACCAACUGCAAGUUUCAACUUGCAAAAACACUUGCCUGUUGGGCUCCUUUGGAAUUGUCUUGAGGCUUCAGAUUCUGAUAUUUUAUGAGCAUUUUGCAAAGCCACUAGGAGAAGCACCCUCCCUCUUACCUGCUCAGUUGGAGUCAGUUACAGGAUUGCUCGGCAGCUGGCUGUGGACACAUGGCGGGCAGUCAGGAGACCCUUGGAAGCUGUGGGAAUCCUGCAACGGCAAUAGGAAGAGGUGGGGACUUAGAGAUAGCGCCACAUAUGGUCUGUUGUGCCAGGGCACACCUGUUGACACUGUGCUUUCCAAGGAAGUCCAGACAUUAGAGGGUGAUGCUCUCUGCCCACGGCACCUCCAUCAAGCCCUCUUUGUUCAUUGAUUUACAAACAGCAGGAGGCAGAGAGCUGUCUCUUGACAAGAUCCUGGAAGUGCCCAGCUGGUCCCUUUCCAGCCAAGUGUGUGGUGUGUCCACUUCCUGGGAGGAACUGGGACCAGGAGGCCUCUGAGCCCUUCCUCAGAGGUGUACAUGCAAACGAGAGGGGGUGAGCCAUACACCUGUCUCUGAGCUGGUCUGAUAUAUGUUCAUAUGGGAUUGAGCCCUUUUUGUCCCUCAGCUGAAUUAAGAGGGUGACCACAGUGCUCAGACCCCCAAAUAACCCCUUUCCCAAAUUUCUCUUAAGUGCAGAAUGCCUCAGGCUGUACUUUAUGCCUAAGGAGUAGCUGGGAACUCAGUUGGAGAUAAGUGUGAAUUGCAGGAUACGACUGUGAACAAAACUGAUGUGUGCAACAGCAUGGAUGGAACCGGAGGACAGUCUGUUAAGGAAAUAAGCCAGGCACAGAAAGACACAUUUCUCAUGCUCUCACUCAUUUGUAGAAGCUAAAAAUUCACACACUUCUGGUAGAAUUAUGGCUACCAGAAGCUGGGAAGGGCAGCAGGGGGAGGGUGUGGGGAUAAUUAAUGAGUAUAAAAAUAUGGUGAGAGAGAAUGAAUAUGACCUAGUAUUUGAUAGCACCACAGGGUGACUCUAGUCAACAAUAAUUUAUGGUACACUUAAAAAUAACUAAAAAAAUAUAAUUGAAUUGUUUAUGACACGAAGAAGUGGUAAAUGCUUGAGGGGAUGGGUACUCCACUUACCUUAAUGUGAUGAUUAUGCAUUGCAUGCUCGUAUUCAAAUAUCUCAUGUACUCCAUAAAUAUAUACACUGGCUAUGUACUCAUAAAAAUUAAAAAUGCCGACAGCCAUGGGGUAAUCCUGAGAAAGAGUGAGCAGAGUCUGGGAGGGCAGGUGCUCUGCUGUCUGACACGUCAGGUCGUACCUGGGGUCUGUGGUCAUCGCUGGGCACCACCUGGCAGUAGGGAAAGUGGCAAAUGGAACUUGUGCAAGAGUGACUCACCCAGAAGGAAGGUGGGGAGACUGAAACCAUGUCAUUGUGAGAUAAGUCCCUUCAGACCUAGGGGGGCACCUAGUGUCUCUCAGAUGUGGAAAAGGAAUAUUACUACUAAUACGCAUGAUAAUAAGAGCUCACAUGUAUUAAAUGCUCGGUGCCAAACUCUAGUCCAAGCUCUUCACAUGUAAUCCUUAAAUUACCCUACAACAUCAUACCAUUAUGAUCUUCACUUUAUAGAUGAGACAGCUGUAAAUGGAUAAGGAUCGUGAGUUUCUUUAGAAGGUAACGGAGGGAAAUACAGCAUGUGUUACCAUAAGGCAGCUUCAGUAAGAUGAAGAGCUGUCUGAUAUGAUAUCCCCCUGUAAGGAAGG